AUGGCCUCCCAAAAAGGGCCGCGGUUUCAGGUAUUCUUUGAUUUUAAGCUUGGAACAUUUAGAUCCGUCAGAUAGAAGCGUUUUGAUGAUGGAGGAGAAAAAAAAAAUUAGUUUUGAAGUGCUUCGGCCCGUAUAUUCAUUUAUGUUUUAGGUGGUCAGAUUACCAGGUCAGUUUACAAGAGGCCGAUGGGAUUGUUGGGAUUAUCGCGAACCAGAUCAGAAACAGGAGGACGCGGGAGUUUUGGUAUUCGAUUCCACAACGCCUUCUUCUACGGCUGUCCCUCAUCCCGGUGAAACUCCGUCAACAGUUCCUUUGUCUUCGGUUCAUACCAAUCAGACGGCUCUUUCUAAUAACGUUUCCCCAUCUAAUUCUAGUCAUGCUAUCGGGGAACAAAAUGGGACGAUUGUAGUCACUUCCAUAGCACAAUUCCAGCCAAAUGUUAACCAAAACGCAGUAAGUUUUAUUUAGUUUAAGGCAAUGGAAGGUUACGUUUUGUGUUGUCUAUUUUAUUUGUUGUCUUUAUAUGUACGUAAUCCGUAUUUUUUAAGCAAGUUUCCAAGCCAUCGGCCGUUCCUUCAGCUCCGUCUCAACCCAUUUUGUCCACUUCUUCAUCGGGGAAGAAUUUGAAUAAACUUGGCGAGGAAUCUGAAGGGUAAAGAGUCUUUCUUUGUUGUUCAUUAUGUUUAGACUUAUAACUUACAUGAUUACAGAACGAGUAAUAUGGGCUUACUGAAUGCAGCUGCUAAUGUUGUUGCUAUCGACAACAAGAUUGAACAGGCGAUGGAUCUUGUGAAGACCCAUCUAACUUUUGCUGUCCGAGAAGAAGUCGAAACUCUGAGGAAUACAAUUGCCGAGUUGGAAUCAAAGGUCAGUUUGGCUAUCAUUCAUUCCGGAAUGAUAGCCCCGUGUUCGAUACGAGUGGUACUGAAGUUUGAAGCAACUGGAAAAUGUUAACUUAUAUAAGAGACUAGCCAAAGGUUUGGAAUUGGUGCCAGAUGGCUGGCAAACGGGUUGUAAAUUACUUGGCUGGCUACCCAAUGUUUUUUAAGCCAUUCCAACUCCAUUUUUAGAAAAAAAAUAUUGACAAUUUGUCCUAGAGCAUUGGAUUUAUUUUGUUUGGUAUUUAGUAACCCAGCUGGUUUUAGGUGACAAAUCUAGAACAACAGAAUCAAAUGCUCAGACAGUAUGCUCCAGCAGACGUCGUAAGCAAUCUCUCGAACAUUCUCCAGUCCAGGAAUCAGGUUCAGCAUUCUUCCGGGACCCUUUCCUCUGAGAAUGCUACUUCUGAAACAGAUCAUCCAAAGCUGAUUCGUCGAGAUACAACACAGGAUCUUCCACAUUGA